CCGGAGGGCGAGGUUGUCGGGCCAGCCGCCGCUGGUGCGGAUGCCCUUCGGGGACCCUCUGUCCCUGAGGGGCCGUCGCCGGCAGUCGGGCGCCCCCAGCGGGGUGACUUGGCUCCUGGGUCAGCGGGGCUGGCGCCUGGCCAGAAAGUCGCCCUGAGUUGGAGGGGGCCGUGGGGGGUGGGCGCUGGGCUUCAGAAUCUGGGGAACACCUGCUACGUGAACGCGGCGCUGCAGUGUCUGAGCCACACGCCGCCCCUGGCCAGCUGGCUGGUGUCCCGGCAGCACGCCACCCUCUGUCCGGCCGGCAGCUCCUGCACGCUCUGUGCCAUGCGAGCUCACGUGACCCGAGCCCUCCUUCACGCGGGAGAGGUGAUCCGGCCCCGCAAGGACCUGCUGGCGGGCUUCCACAGACACCAGCAGGAAGAUGCCCACGAGUUUCUGAUGUUCACUCUGAAUGGCAUGCAGCAAGGGUGCCUGAGUGCAUCCCAGCCGUCGGGCCACGCCUCCGAGGACACCAGCGUCGUCCGUCAGAUCUUCGGCGGGACGUGGAGGUCUCGGAUCCAGUGUCUCCACUGCCUCGGUGUCUCGGACACGUUCGACCCUCAUCUGGACGUCAGCCUGGAUAUCACGGCGGCUCAGAGUGUGGAGCAAGCUCUGAGAGAGCUGGUCAAGCCCGAGAAGCUGGAGGCGGAAAAUGCCUAUGACUGUGGCGUUUGUCUCCGGAAGGUGCCUGCCACCAAGAGGUUGACUUUGCACAGCACGUCCCAGGUCCUGGUGCUGGUGCUGAAGCGGUUCACACAGCUGAGCGGGGCCAAAAGGGCUCAGGAGGUGCGCUAUCCCCAGCGCCUGGACGUGCAGCCCUACACGUCUGAGGGGAAGGCAGGGCCACUGGGCUACGUGCUCUAUGCCGUGCUGGUGCACUCCGGGUGGAGCUGUGAGCGAGGACACUACUUUUGUUACGUCCGAGCCGGCAACGGCCAAUGGUAUAAGAUGGACGAUGCCAAGGUGACCGCCUGUGACGAGACUGCUGCCCUGAGCCAGAGCGCCUACUUCCUGUUCUACGCCCGGGAGGGUGCGUGGGAAGGGGGCGCUGGGGGAGGGGCAGCGGCCCCCCUCGGGGCUGACCCCGCAGACCCCGGGCAGCCUGCAGGAGACGCCAGCGGCAGAGCUCCUGGGUCGCAGGAGUCCCCGGGGGACACAGAGGCCGAAGGGAUGAGCUUAGAGCAGUGGAGACGCCUGCAAGAACACAACCGAGCGAAGCCGGCCUUGGAGCUGCGCAAGAUCCAGGCUGCCCUGCCUGCCGGCGCAGUCGUGAUUCACCGGUCCAGACCCGGAGGAGGGAGAAACCGCCCGCCGCCCGCACAGGAGCACCACCGGCUCGACCGGCCCAGCACGGACACCCCGCCUCCGGGGCCGACGGACGUCGGCCACGGCCCUUGUGCCAGCGGGAGGGCCAGAGCGACCAAGGGGAGGAACAAGAAGCCGCGGCCAUCUCUGGGGCUGUGGCGGUAG